AUGGACGGAACGCCAUUUAACAAGCCUCGGGGUCGACCAGCUUUCAAACAUGGUCUGAAGAAGCUCCCCAAGAAGUACCGCAACGUUCAUUUGUCCUACAAGAUGAAGCAAGCCGUCAUAGACAGCUUUGACGAGUGCGGCAUGGCUACGACUCUGGCAAGACACUUUCCUCUCGUUCAUGGCUCAAAGCUCGACAGUACCCGUAAGAAAGUAUUUGGCGUCCUCCUGAAGCUCACCACACCCUCCCCAACCACACCGACUUCCGAACGACGAGCGCCGCGAUUGAUUGGAUUCAAGAAGAACUACGCGAUUCCGCACAUGCCGCCCAUCGCGACCAAGCCGAUACAUGCGGCGCUGGCCGUGGCGAUGAAAUCGUCGAGACGCUGA